AUGAGGUGCAAAGAUCGUAUCCUAGAUUGUGUUCCGUACAGCCCAGAUGCGGCACCAAAUUGGGCAUUUGAUGGCAGUUCCACGGGGCAGGCUACUACGGAUAGUUCUGAUACCACCCUGAGACCAGCUGCAGUCUAUAGGGACCCAUUCCGAGCCGAUCCCCACGUUAUAAUUUUAUGUGAAGUUCUUAUCGGCGACGGUGGCAAACCAGCACCAACAAAUCACAGAAGUUUUUGUAAUGAAUUAUGUGAAAUACACAAAGCUGAGGAACCAUGGUUCGGGCUGGAGCAGGAGUACACUAUGUUGGAUAUUGACGGAUGGGGCCUUGGAUGGCCCAAAGGAGGCGGCUUUCCUGCGGUAAAAUAUCAGUACUCAUAUUGUGGUGUGGGAGCGAAGUAUAUAGCAGGUAGAGAUCUGUCUGAAGCCCAUAGUAAAGCGUGUUUGUUUGCCGGCUGUGAUUACGAAGGGUCAAAUGGUGAAGUUAUGUAUGCUUGUUGGGAGUGGCAGGUAGGCACAACAAUGGGUAUCAAAGCUCCAGAUGAUUUGUGGAUGACACGGUUUAUAAUGUCUCGCAUCGGAGAGGAUUAUGGAAUUGAUGUUACAUACCACCCAAAGCCUUUUGGCCACUUGCACCCCGGUAUCGGUAUGCAUCAUAAUUUCAGCACAAAGCGAAUGAGGACUGCUCCCGGUGGUUACGCUUUUAUUGAAGAAUGCAUAAAGAAAUUAGAAAAGAACCACAUGAAACAUAUGGUGGUAUAUGGAAAUGAUAUUAACACUAAUAAACUGAGAUUGUCGGGAAAAUUUGAAACGGCUCCAUUUGAAAAAUUUUCUUGGGGUAUCGCUAACAGGAAGGCGUCUAUCCGCCUUCAAAGACACAUUAAAAAGAAAGAUAAGGGUUUCAUGGAGGACAGGAGACCCGGUGGCGAUUGUGAUCCGUACCUUGUGUGCGGAUUACUAAUGGAAACUUGUUUGGGAAGAUCUGCAUCUGGUGGUGGCGGUGGAUCAAAGAGAGAUCCAUGUCGGAAAUGA